AUGGAGGCCUACAAACAAAACAAAGGGAGAACGUCAUUCUCAAAACAAAAGAAAACUGUUAAACCAACCUGGUUGAAACCAUCGGAGUCGACGACGGAAGACGAGCAGGUUUGUGGUUGAGAAAUAUUUAGUAGUUGGUAAAUUGUAUUAAACUCAUUAAUAGUUCAUGAAGGCAAUUCAAAAGAAAUCAAUAUUUAAUGAUGUGUUGUAUCCACAUACAGUAUACAAAAUUCACCUGAUUCCAAAAACUUUUUUCUCGAUUUUCUUGGUUCAAAUCAUUUCUUUUUUGAACAAUCUCUUAAAACACACUACUGUUUCACGAUUUACAGGUACAUUCACGUCCCUAUCAGGCAUACUGUACAACCUCUCGAGUUCGUAUAUCUGCUACAACACGACCGUUCAUAAUUAAAAACAUAAACGUUCUCUGACUAAAAUUUUUUAUUUAAAACGAGCUUUCGACUACCUAACUGUAGUAAAUAAAAAAUUCGACUACCUAACUGUAGUAAAUAAAACGAGCUUUCGAAUUUUAGUCAGAGAACGUUUAUGUUUUUAAUUAUGUCUAAACCUGGCUACGCUAUCUCCAUAUUUUCACGACCGUUCAUGCUGUACAUAUACAAUAGUACUUACUAGUGCAGGUACGAUUAGAAUUUGUAUUUGUUUAGAGUACUGCAACUGAUGGUCUUAGUCACAGCCGACUUAGAGCAAUCCUUAGGGGAUAUGGAGAAUACCCCGCAAAAUAUAGGUAGGUUUACAGAGCAUUUAUGUAACAUAUUGUAACUAUAGUUACUUUACCUAUACUGGAUAGCUCUUUCAGUUCUAAACUAUUCCUUUUUGAAAUCCAGUAACAGUAUAAACGUCAUUCUUCAUCACUUCACCAAUACUUCUUAGCAAAACAAUAAAAAGUGAGGUAAAAAUUUCGUCAGUUCAUAAACACUCUAAUCAGACAAUUGCAUAUUGCAGCUAGGAAUCGAACCUGGGUCGACUCAGGAAUGAAAAGCAUUGUGGCACCAACCAGGGUCUUAGCUAGGAUUUUAGAUCUUGGGCGUGUUUCUAAUGACCAGGGCGUGCACAUGUCAAUUACCUUGAAUAGCAAAAUCACGGUUCUAGUUAUGCUCGCCAACAAUAAUGCUUGUGGUUGUUCUUUGCUAAUUUGCAACCAACCACAAGGCGAGCAUACACUCAUAUUUCGCACUGACAUUAAAAUAUUUAAGUUAUUUCAGCAACUGUUUGGGGUAUUUAAAACCAUUUUAACACCAUACAGUUCCCAUUAUCCAUCAAAAUAAUAAAACAUUACGAAUCACUUUUGCCAAUUGAACAACAACAGUAUAGAUUUUACAAACUUUCUUACGACGUAAAUAGGAAGAAGUUGAGUCUGAAAUUCUGUCUGUUGUAAGUGGCACCACCUUAGUUUAUGAACCUAUACACGGCCUUAUAUCAAUAAUGAAGCCGCGUUCAUUUUAUCUAGCCGUGUUUUUCCGCUUUCGGCCGCGAUAACACGGCCAACACGGCCCUCUAGCUAAGACCCUGGCACCAACAUCCAUAUUCCUAUAUAUACCGCAUGAGCUCGAGCGUUUGUUUCUUCCUAGAAUGUUCAUAUGGCGAAGUCUUCUACAGCUUCCAGAGAACCAUGCUGCAUUCUGUAGUUUAGUUGACAAGGGAACUCAUUCAACGUUUGUCACACUUCAUGAAAACUACCCAAUCAAGAGUAGAAAGCUGUUGCGUGUUCUGCAAAGGUUAGUAACAUUCAAGCCCCGCUUGUUUGAAAUGUAUGCUAGUUUUAAAAACACUGCGUUGCUGGCCUUGGAUUGCAUGCUUUAUUAUACUGUACAUUUGAAAAAUACAAGAACCAUCCAUCCCUCUCUAUUUCCCACUACAGCCUUAUACUCCUUUUUUAAACCUAGAAUUCUCUCUGCCUUGGCUCAUUGGUCAGCUGUUUUUGGUGAGACCGAGUUUCUUCCUCUUCUUGUGUUUCCGUUUGUUAAAUUAUUUCAGAACAACCAGUUGAUAUGCUUUGAAGUUGUGGCAACUGUCCUAGGUAAGAAUCUAAUAUAAUUAAUCUAAUGUAGUUGUGUGUGAUAUUAUAAUCGAUAAGCUCAUAACAAACUUCGAAGUUACAGGCUGUUCCGUACAUUUAAGUUGUCCCACUCUGAUAAUUAGAGGCAGGGGGCUAUCCCCCUCGAACCCCCCCCCCCCACCCAUUUUCACCGCUAGGUGGAGCAUUCCUCCUUUGUAGGCAUCUCAAUAGAGAUUACUCUAUCCAAUUUUCUAUUUCAUAUUCAGUAAAAUAUUUACCUCACUAAUUUGCAAACCUUUUGUUUAUCUUGCAGUAAACUGGUGUCAGAAUUGGUUUGAAUUUUUUCCCAAUCCUCCAAUCAACUUAUUGAGCAUGGUAGAAAAUCUUCUCGUUCAUCAUGACAAGAAUCUCUUACAGCAUCUUGUUCAAGCUGACGUCAAAUCCCAGGUAUUUUUUAGGUAUAUGUUUAUCUCUCUCACGCAACCUAACUACAAACUAAUUCUGUUCUGACUAAUUUCUAGAUAUAUUGUUGGCCAAUAAUCGAAACACUAUUUUCUGAAGUUCUUACAAAGGAGGAAUGGCUACGUAUAUGGGAUCAUAUCUUCAGUAAUCAUCCGUCAUUUCUGUUAUUUCUUGUCGCUGCUUAUCUUAUAUGUUCAAGAAAAGUUCUCAUGCAAUGUACAGCUAAAGAAGACUUUGAGGUAUCCUGUUUGAUAUCAGAGUACCCAGCCUGCAGUUUAUGCACGAUGACCCAUAUAUGUGUUACCAUAGCUGUAAUUGUUCAGUAUAUGGCCAGUGCUUUACCUUCAAGUGUGUGCGUUGUGUUUGUCUAAUGACUAAUUGUCUCCUUGUAGUAUUUCGUUCACCAUCGCAAUGCCUGCGAUAUUUCUGCUGUCAUUCAAGAGGCUUAUCACCUUCAGAAUACCACACCAUCUGAUAUUGAUCCAGGGAAAAUGUUGGAAGAAUUUAAACCUCUCACCAAAGGACAGUAUCCGGUGUUUAAUAAAUAUCCCAAGUUUAUUGUUGAUUAUCAGGUACGUUGCUGACGCUCGUGUAUGCUAGCUUUAACCCAUUGAGUGGCAGCACUUCCCUUGACGAGGAAAACUGUCUGGCGUUAGACAGAGUAAAAUAAUAAAGUGGGGAGCAUCAGGGCGAAUUGCCACUUAAAGGGUUAAUACAUAAUCUUGAAGAAGUCUGGGUUGGCUUUACUAUAGGGCGGUGUCUUACCCUCAGCGUAUCUGUACUCAAAUGUUGACACUGUUUCCAACAGGUUCAAGAACGAGAACGAAUACGGCAAGAAGAGUUGGAAUAUCUUCAACAAAGGUAAAUCACUAUAUCUCAUCAAAACAAUGUUGUUUUAUGGUCCUUAAUGGACUGAUGAAGCUAUAUCCAGUAUAUAAAUAAUGUUAUUGUAGUCUAGUUUAGAUUUCCUCCAUGUAUAGUAACACUAGAUAAAUACUGCAUGGACUUCUAUGGUUAACAGUUUAAAACUGUCGAGAUAUUAUUAGAUUAUUGCUGCCUAAUGAGGAUACAUGCAUUUCAUCCUAUAGGCAACUGGCUGUAGAAUUAAAGAAGCAAGCUGAAGAAAGAAAAGAGGCAGAAGAAGCCUUUUAUCGUAAUCAGGAGUUGAUGGUGGAGGCUGAAAAGCAAAGACGAGAUCUCAUCUUACUGGAAGAGCAAAAACUAGCUGAUCAGAGAGUCAGGUUGGUAUAGUCUGUCGAAAUUUUUCAGCGAGUAAGGACUACAGUAUAUAAGAGUAUUGGAAAGCUGUGAUGUGAAGAAUAUACAGUACUGAACGAUGUUUUUCGGGUAGUUGAAUUAUCCUAAUUCAGUGUAUCAAAAAAAGUAGACAAUUUUGAAACGGCUCUCAAUUUCACAAAUCCGUUCAUUUCAUGAAAUUCUUUAUAAAUAUAGAUUGUUUGGGUACUUAUAUACUAUAAUGUAGAAUAAAAAAAAUGCCGUAAAGAUUUUCCAGAGCAGGAGGGUGUAUUUUUUAGCACCAUUAAAAAUAGCUUGCGUGCGAAAUUUAAAAGUUUAAAACGCAUUGUCUAUACUUUUUUUAUACACCCGGCUGUAGAUUUUAUGUAGUACGAAACCUAUAAAGUGCAAAAACAUUGCAUGAAGCACACAUACAGUAUGUCAUCUGCCUCGUACCCAGGCGCUUUGGCGAUCAAAUUAAUCCACGCGGCCCAUGCAAAGGCCGCGCAAACCAUAGAACAACACAUAGCGCCUGGGUACGAGGCUGGUAUGUAAUUCACUCUUGUUUUAGUAGUUUAAAAUUUAAAAAAAAAAACCCCAAAAAAACGCCUUGAAUCACCGAGUGUUAUUUGUCUAUGUCAACCGAGUGUUAUUUGUCUUAUUUGGCUUGCAAUCGAUUAAAUUUUGUGUGCUUUAAUCUCGCGUGCAGGUUACAAGCAAUGAGACGUGAAGUUCAUACGCGAGAGCUACAGUUGAUGGAUGCUGUGAGAAGAAAAUACAUGGAGAAUCAGAGCAAGUUCAAGGAAGUUGAACUGAAGAGAAUGGAUGAUGAAAUACAGCGCAAGGUUAGAGCUUUACAAAUAUUUCGGCAUAUCAUGUAUUUGUAUCCUUUCUGCGGGAAUAGCACGCCUAUACCACCUACAGACCUAGCCAGGAGGGGGGUUUAUACCAGAAUACCAAUAUACUCUCGAUAUUAUAUUCGCUCAAUAGAGCAGUACACCUAUGCAAUUCUAUAGGCUACAUCCGUCCGCUUGAGUACUUGAUCUUCGGUCAAAGCCUAUUUUAACAAUAAAAUUGUAUACCAUUAACCUAUUUUAACAAUAAUAUUGUAUACCAAUUAAACCACAUAAAGAUAAGUCUGUUUUUAAAAUUUUUUUAAAUUUUUUGUAAAUAUAAUGAUAUUAUAUUAUAAAUUGGAUAGAUUUUAGAUUAGAUAAAUUCUUAAAUAGUGUGUAGAAAUUUUCUUACAUUUAUACAUGUAAAUUGUCAUUGAAAAACCCAUUUGGGAAUAUACAAUUACUUUAUGGUUUCCGUGUUUGGAUGGCCUGAUCCAAACACGCGGGAAUGUUGCGAGAGUUAAGAAAAGCGAGCGAAAUCACGAGCCGAAGGCGAGUGAUUUUGCCCGCUUUUCUUAACUCGAGCAACAUUCCCAAGUGUUUGGAUCAGUCCAUCCAAACACGGAAACCAUAAAGUAAUUGUUUUAUAAAAUAACAACAACACGGUAGUCUUCCGUGUUUGGAUGGCCUGAUCCAAACACGGCUUUCGGCCAAUCAGAAUACGCGUUAUAUACAUGUUAUUUUAUAAUGUCAAUUAAGUAUAAUACUAAUAAUAAUAAUAACAUGUAUACCAUACAAUGUACCUGAAACCCCUGACCGGGCCUGCAGUUAAAUGUUGGUUAAAUUUGAAUGGAAAUUGGAUAGGAAGUUAGUAAAAAUUUGGCUUGCUUGCUGGGCACAGUAAACUGAAUAUGUGUUAUGGAUGAUUCCAGCCUAUAGACUAAAUUUUGAUCUCGGCAAGAAGAACAAAAUCCAUCACCACAGCUAGAAAGAGCAUGUUAAAAUUAGUAAAAUUGCAAAGUUUGGUUGCGAAAUGUUGUAAAAUGAGGUAGAUAUAUAGCCUUACGAAAUUUACAAAUUUUGUAUUAAUUUGUAUUACGCACGGGAAUUUGCACCACUUUCGGCCCAAAUGUGGUGCAUUUUCCCGUGCGUAAUACAAAUUAAUAUAAAAUUUACAAAUUUCGCAGGGCUAUAUUUUCCGCAUUUUGCAACAUUUCGCGGCGAAACUUUGCAAUUUUACUAAUUUUAACAUGCUCUUUCUAGCUAUGGUGAUGGAUUUUGUUCUUCUUGCCUAGAUCAAAAUUUAGUCUACUGUAUAGCUGGAAUUGCCUAGCCCAUUGUAUAAUUUAGGACGAUGUCUCUGAGUGCCUUCUGGUUUUCAUUAUUUCUUGAUUUAAUAAUUUUCAAGGACAAAGUUAUUUUGGUGCAUUAUCGUGCAUACAAUAUUAUGUUAUCAUCUGUAUGAAACAAUACAAAGAAUAAUAUACUAUUUUUUAUUGCCUAAAUACGUAGUAUAGUGACGCACUUUCAUAGAUUAAUCAUAAAACAUCUGCGGUAUUUAGCAACUUGCAAUUAAUGGGGCUGAUUACAUGGAUAUUUUAACAAGGGGCUAGUGAUUACAUAGAUAUUUUAAAAAGGGGCUGAUUACAUGGAUAUUUUAACAAGGGGCUAGUGAUUACAUGGAUAUUUUAACAAGGGGCUGAUUACUUGGAUAUUUUUAUAUGUUACAACGUGAAAUGUUAGCCACCAGGCUAACCGGGCUGAAAUUUCAGGGUUUGCGCUAAAAUCCUUGUAAAAGUAAACGGAGUUUCCAUGAAUUACACGACACAUUUUCUACCCUGCAUGGAUGAAAUCAAUUGGGAUGAAAAUUGCACCUGGUUCACCGGGCUGAAAUUCGUCAGAUAUAAUUGUCAAGAAAUUUCCGCCCGGGUUGAAGAAACAAUCUUUUAAAUAUGUUCAAAUGGCUACAUUUUUGUUAUGGAGUUCUAUCUCCAAAUGCAAUCACAGUCUCGCACCAGUCAGUAUUUUAAAAAGCCCGGAUCAAACCAGGUUUAGCUGGUUAGCUGUAGCCUCCUCCGCAGGCCUCUCUAUGGGUUUUAGCCUGCGAAUGGGUUUUGAAAAAAAAAUUUACCCGAUUCCUCGGGUGAGAUGCCUGCACAGGAGGCUAUAGGUUAGCUGUUCUUAGCACUCAUUCAUCUUAGUUGGAACACAAAUUAAACCUUUAUUUUGUUAAUCUAGAGUUUAAAAUGUCCCCAUUAACAAUUCGUGACUGCCAACUCUCGUCAUCAUUUGACCGGCUUAAAUGAUUGAAAGUGGGUUGGAAAUGAGCCUGCAUGUAUGGUUUUCAUGUAAUCAACCGCAAAUCAAUAAGAAGUAAUUGCAUACAUGUCAGCCAAAAUUAAUAUUUAUUGUGUUACAUAUAUGCAUAAUACAGUAAAAUACGACCAAUAUGAUAAAUCGAUUUUUUUAAUGUUUAAAAAGUAACUACAAACCGGCACUUCGAUAUAGGGACAUAUAAUAGGCUAUAUAUAGUCCAUAUAGAACUUUUGCAAUAGCACUUUUAGCAAAUCGCAAUUUAAUCAAUUUUAAUGCGACGCUUAAAUAAAUGAAUAUCCAGCUGUGGCGAAGAGGAAAUGUUUUUCAAUUGAAAUACUUUAUUUUUUAACUUUAAUGUGUUAUGAACCUAUAAGCAGUUAUGCCUUUUGCCUAUUUUUAUUUUCUAUUUAUUUUUUUGACAAUGCAACGCCAUGUUGUCGAAAUGUUUUGAAAACGAUGUUUAGUCCAAAAUAGUGCAAUAUAAACAUUUUAAAAGACCGCACAGCACGAUAUUCUGAUACCUGCCUCCUUUUAAAAGCACUUUAAAUAUUUUAUUCCUCCGCUUCAGGAUUAAAAAAUGAUGAACUAUAACGUUCAUUAUCACAUAUGUGCUAAAAUACUGACAGUUUUCUGAAGUGAGUCUCAAGAUGCAGGUGUGUGUGAGAAAUUAGUGCAUGUAUACAUAUUUGCUCACUAACUUUGAAUGUCGAGAGCCCCAAAAAUUCACUACGAAUUCGUACCAAAAAGUACUGUAAGGCAGAAGACAGAUGCCUAAUUGUUUACUAUGAGCCACGCCAAGGGCAGGGCCGAGAUAAUUGGGAUACGACCGAUACGUUCACAUAGUUUACAUCUGUUGGCAUAAGCCAACGAUCGCAGUGCCCCCUGACUUUCUGGUUUAGGUCAGGUCUAGGCUACCCAAAGUUUGUUUACACUUUACUUACAAUAGUGUGAACACAGUUAGAAUGUCUGUAAUCUGGCGACAAUUGUCCUAGACUGGAAUAAUUAAACAUUGGGAAAAUGUCCGUAGUAGUCGAUUAACAAUGCUCUUCAAACCCUCGUUUUAUAUAUACCACAUUUUAAGUCAUCCCCAUCCAAGUAUUUUAGUUUGAUAUAUUGCAAUUCAUGUCCAUUUUGAAUUCGGCAAAUCUACAGAACGCCUAAAUGCUUUGUGACACCAUGCACCCAACUGUGCAUUGGCCCAACUAUACGUAUAUAUUCACAAUAUUACAUUGAAAGUCAUUAUUUUAUUUUUCAAAAAUGUGCGUAUAUGCCCAUUAACCUGCUCCACCCCUUUAUAUGCGUUAUCAAAAUGUUGUUUAUUAUGGAUGCCCUUAACAUGUAAAAUAGCAAGAAUUAUCAAUGAGAAUUGACGUAUAUAUAGGUGUUUUUCUUCCUCACAAAUUAAUCAUACAUUAGCAGGUAUAUGACUGAUCGAGUACCCAAGGGUAACUGUCAUUUCAUGAUGGCGAACAGCACAGCUACUACGCAAUAUCUACAAGGCCCAACAGAAUCGAUAUUUCUUGCCAGUUUUACGUCAAUUCAAUGUGUGAUUGGCUCGAUCGCAAAUGCUAUUGUAAUUUGCUACUUUUUACUGAGGCGAAAGCAGUCAUGUAAGCCAUCUGACAAACUGAUUUUAAAUUUGGCUAUGGCAGAUUUCGUGGCUUUGACUACCUACGUUCCUUGGCGAGCGUAUCUCCUGUAUCUGCGGAAAAAGACCAAGAAUUCUCCGUACUACACUUCACUUUUUGUUACCUGUAUCUUCUGCACUGGAAAUGCUGUAUUACUGAUGGCCCUAACAAGGCUAUUUGCCGUCCUCUUUCCAUUGAAAUACAGAGCAUUUUUCACGAGUAAAGCGGUAAACUGCUUGAUAGGUUUGUCAUGGAUUACUGCUAUCUUAUUGGGAAUUGGUCAUCGAAUAAGUUGGAGAGACAUGGGCGAUUUUCACUUGAACUAUGAACUAUUCCUAUCAUUCUUAUCCUUUUGUCAGCUCAUAUCAAUCCUGAGUGUCUAUGCGAUGAUUCUUAGAUCAGCGAAGCAAUCCCAAAGCUUAUUCAAACAGAGGUCAUUUAAAAUUUCACGGACAACCUAUGUUAUUGUUUUUUUCUGUUAUGCAACGUUUUUGCCAUAUACGGUAUAUCGAAUUGUUUCAAAUACGGAUAAAUCUCUGACGAACGAUCAAAAACGAGCAACAUGGCGGUGGAUAAUCGCUUUCAGCUUUCUUAAUUCCUGUUUCAAUCCUUUUCUGUACUUUAUAACUACGAAAAAGUUUAAACGAGAGUUAACUAGACGACUUGUGAAAAGUGCCCAUAAACACAGUGAGACAAACACUAGAGUGAUGGAAGAACGCGUUUAGAACUUCAAUGUAAAUUGUAGUCAGUUGUUAUUAUCGCGGUAUUAUUGUUAUUAUUUAUUUAAGUAUAUUAUAACUGAUAUAUUUUCAUGCUAAACUAUACUAAUUAUCGUCCUAAACAAAACAAAAAUGAUCAAAACACUGUAAUUUUGAAAACAAAUUGCAUUGCAGCUAUCGUGAUUCCAAGGAGAAUUGGACACUCCAGAACUUCUGUCUUCGUUUUCGAUGUACUAUUUAAAGCACGGGUAGGAGUGUUUUAUCACAUAUAAAACACGACGCGUAGCGGAGUGUUUUAUAUGUGAUAUAAAACACGACGCGUAGCAGAGUGUUUUAUGUGUGAUAAAACACGACUACAAGUGCUUUAAAUAGCUUCAAAAACGACUCAUGUUACACGAGUUCAUUGGCGAAGUAAUUUUUAAAAUAAACUUUGCCUAAACCGAGAAAAUCAAAGCUAAAGUUUAUGUAAAUUAACAGUAUUCACAGGCUUUUGGUAUAAUCUUAUAUAUUCAUUAGAAUAGUUUUUAAAAAAUACCUCUUAACACUGUUAAACCCAACUUUGUGUUCGGCGAAAGCACAAAAUGUGCUUCGGCUCGUGUGCGGGACCGGAAGAAAACGAGAACACACUUUGUUUGUCUGGACUCUGGACGCGAAUCCGAAGCUGAGCAACCAACCAAAUUGCGCGAAAAGCUAAGCUCCCAAGUAUAUGCUAACUUUAUUUCUACACUUCAGAUAGAGACAUAACAGACAGUGUAAACUGUAAAGGAUAUGCUGGAAAACAUAAGCAGAGCUUCGACGUUUCCGGCGAAGGAGCGGAAGGACUCACUCGAAACGUCGAGGUUCUGGUUAUGUUUUUCCGGUAUAGUUGUUUAUCCGUCUCUGCACCGCAGCUAAAUAGUUUGUAUUCCAUAGUAUUGUAUGCAUGUGCGAAGGCGUGCUAAUGAACAAAAUUUUGAUCUGGACUAGAAUUUCAUCACAGCUUGAAAGAGCAUCACAAAAUUAGUAAUAUUCCGAAGUUUCGUUGCGAAAUGUUGUAAAAUGCGGAUAAUAUAGCCUUGCGAAGUUUGCCGUUUUUCAGUCAUUUUGUAUUACGCACGGGAAAUUGAUACGUAACCGCUUUCUGAAAAAAGGUAUCAAUUUCCCGCGUUUGUGAUGCUCUCUCAAGCUGUAAUGAAAUUUUUGUCUAGAUCAAAAAUUUUUUCAUUAGGGAAUAGGUCCAUUAAUAACUCGAACGGUUUGUGUCAGCGCAGGUAUAGUGACAAUAAUACCAGAAAGCUGCUGAUUGAAAGAGAUUCAAAACUUCGACGUUUCGAGCGAAGGCCCUGCGUCAGGAAGUUAUAGUAGCCUGUGACGAAGGGCCUUCGCUUACAACGUCGAGUUUUUACUUGUACUUUCAGGUAGUCCAAUCUAGCAGCUUUCUGGUAUUGUUCAGAGUUUGUCAAUAAGUCAAGAUGUGUUCACAUUGCAAGUCUGGAACAAGUUGCUAUCAUCUUGUAACAAGGUUGAUGUGGCCAAACAGACUCGACGAGACCUGAUAUCGUCUGCACGUAACUAGUUGUUAACAAGUUGAUGACAACAAGCUCGUAGCAACUUGUUACGAGCAGCCUGUAGUCAGUGAGCUCUAUAUAUAUACCUGGAGUAGGAACUUCUAAUGUUUUGGCAAUAGGCCAAGUGAAGCCAAAAAAAUCCAAGAUGGCGGCCAUUGACGUCCCAUAGCUCUGAAGGUCGUAAACAGUUUUUAUACCAUUUUCCCAAGCUAAUUCCAGUUUUUUCUAAUGGACCGUAUCACUAAUCAAAUUUUCAGUUCAUAAAAUCACAAUAUUAUUCUUUAAAUCGAAGUCAAAAUACGAAAUUUCAACACACUCCUUGCCAAGAUGGCGGAAAUUGAAGGAGCUCUUGGACGUCAGUUCCAGUCUCUUUCUAUUGUUUUUGUAUGCGCGGUUAACACGAAACUGGCUUCACUUUGAGCAACCAAGUUCCUACUCCAGAUAUAUAUGGAGCUCACUGCCUGUAGUCUGCAGUAGUCUUGUUGGAACAACUUGUAGCAAGUAUGUCAUCCUCAUCAACCUUGUAACAAAGUGAUAUUAACAACGUGUUCCAUACUUUUUUGUAUUGUUGGUGUUAUGUGUACUCAGGUGAAUAUGAUGUUUGUGAUGUUACUCUGAGUGUGCAUCCACACCGGGCAAGCUGAAAAGUUUGCUUGACCACGGUGGGAAUCGAACCCGCUACCUUUGGGAUACUAGUCGAAUGCUCUGCCAACUGAGCUACGUGGUGCGAACACAUCGAUCUGAUAUCGGCUUGAUAACAGCCUUGUUUCGAUCUGAUAUCAGCUUGUUUGCAGAUCUGAAACAACUUGCGCGUUUUUACGUCUGUACAGUUGUGUGAUUAAACUUUCAUUUCGAUCAUGUAUGACUAAGAAUGCGUCUUGUUUGAAAACCGAUAGGAAUCUUCUCCUGGAGUAUGUGAUUUUACUCCGAAGAGAUGUUAUCGAUAUUCGACAGGUAUGAACCAAUGACGUAGUUUCGUAUAAGGAAUUUAUUCCGUAAUUUCAUUCUAGAAUUUGGAACUUGUAAACAGACUAACGAAUUCAUACGCACGCAAAAGUUGAAAUCCAUUUGAAUGUCACUAAUGAAAUGAUUAAAUGAAUGAAAGGACAGCAUUUAGUUUUGUGUAUGAUUUUAAUUAUGUAUUUGUUGAGCUAAUUUGUACUUAAUAUAGAAAAUUUAACUAUUACAGGGCGUAUACGCUUGAAUGCACACAUUUAAUUGGACUGUAACCUUGAAUAUGUUCGUAGACAUAGCCAAUCUAAUGUUUUUCUAAUUGUCACACAUGCUCAAAACGAGGCUUCCUCAUCGAUAUUAUUACUCAGCAUUUCAGAUGACGGGUUGUUAUUCUCCGAGUCACGCUUGAGUAAUAUCUCUUCCUCGUCUGAAAUUUCAUUCUCUGCCAAGAAUUUUCGGCUUAAAAGACUUGAACUUUUCUCCGCAUUUCCGUAACUUAGACAACAGACAGGCAACUUAUCACACUUAUACAAACAGUUUGUGACCAUACAAAGAAACAGAACUACGCCUGACCAGCAUAAUAAAUGCCACAUUAUGCUGAUGGUGAUAACCUCGGUGUCGAGCAUAAGUUGUUUUUCAGUCAAAUCCUUUUCAGCGUCUCCAAACCAUUUGUUCGAGCCGUAUAUGGUGUAAGCGAUUUCCCAAAACCAUGUUCCUUGCGUGAGCACGAGAACGGUUCGAGCCAUAAAGAGCUCGCGACGAAAUUUCGGCAAACACGCUUCGAGUAAAAUUACCAAAGCAGCUAAAUAUAUUACGAUGUAUAGAAGAGUAUGAAUUCGUACGUCAAACAUAUCGCGGCCGUGUAAAUGAAAUGCGAAUAGGGUGCCUUCCACACCAAAAGCUAAGGCUAGGAUGGCGUAUUCCGCUUCUCGUGAAAACUGCGUGACUUUGUAGAGGUUAAGAAUCUCGAUUAAACCAGAGAAUGCAAAGAAGCCAUACAUUGAAGAGUGAGCGAAUUUAUCCGGUUUCACAAAUUCGUUGUUUUUGUCAACAAGUUGGAAAUGUACAGCUCUGAGCUCUCCUAUGAUCCCUACCAAAGCGCCAAAGAGUUUUAAAAGCGGUUCAAACGGAAUGUUCCUUAAACGUUUCGAUGGAAACCUUCUCCAUGAUCUUGUGUUUGACCGUUCUCCCCGAUUCUUUCCUUGCUCUUUUAAACUUGCUGUGUAUUCCAUAAUGGCAUGAAACAUCCACCAUAAACCACCAACUAUAAAUAAGCUUCCUGGCAAUGCAUGGCCAUUGAAAGAGCCCAUUUUGUGUCCUUUUUUAAAACGGUGUUUCUCAAUGUUGUGAUAUUUAAAGUGCGUUUAGUCACAGUUCAGUGGAUGUUAAAUUGGAAUUAAUUAAACGGCUAGUGUGCAAGAAUUUGACUAUUUAUGAAUAAUGCAGUUCAAAGACAAAGAGCAAGUCGUGAUAUUGAGCAUGUUGCUUGAAUAAUAAUAGCGUUGGCAGUUUAUUAGAGAUAAGCUAAGCCCAAUUCUGUUGUGAAUGUGUGAUACAAAUACAAUUUCCCUGUUUAAAGCCCGUGAAAAAAACUUUCAACGAAGUAACAGUACUGUCAGUUGCUAAAUAAAUAAUCAAUGAUGGCUAUAGAGCGUUGGCACAUGACGUCACAGCCGCCAUGUUGGUGUUCCAAUUCAAAAGAAUUUUAAUUAGACUGGGGAAUGAGUGCAAACGAUCUUUCAAUGAUAUAAAGCUCUUUAUUCCUCUUGCACCUAAAUAUUUGUGGUGUCCUUGAGCCAGUUGUUCAAAGGUGGGUUAGCGCUAUAACCCUGGGUUAAAAUUUAUUUCAAAACUUCAGAGAAGUGAACUCCUACUGAUCCAGACAAGAUUCCUGAAGAAAUGUUUCCAAAUUUAUAGACAAGCUCUCAGGAAGCUUGCUUUAAAUUUUAGGAUAACCUAGGGUUAAGCUAACCCAGCUUUGAACAACUGACCCCAGGAGUAUUACGCAAAACAAGUGCACCGUAAGCGCGAAGACUAUUUUUGACCAAAUACCAAGGCUUAUGAAUUAAGAAUUCCUGGCGUUUAACAAAUUGUUUGCCGUGGUCUGUUCAGUUAUAGAUACACAAUAUGACGUCAUAAUAUGGGAAGAACGAAAAAGUGACCCACUCACCUCCGUUAUCUAUUUGUUUUAUAUAAUAAAAAGACCCCCCUCCCCCCAAUUAAACAGGUAAAUCGCUUACUUUCUAUCCACCCGUUGUGUACAUACAUGAACUUGUGGUUGGAGCUCGACAACUGGCCUCUGUAGCUCAGUUGGUUAGAGCUCGACAACUGGCCUCUGUAGCUCAGUUGGUUAGAGCUCGACAACUGUCUCUCUGUAGCUCAGUUGAUUAGAGCUUGACAACUGUCUCUCUGUAGCUCAGUUGAUUAGAGCUUGACAACUGUCUCUCUGUAGCUCAGUUGGUUAGAGCUCGACAACUGUCUCUCUGUAGCUCAGUUGAUUAGAGCUUGACAACUGUCUCUCUGUAGCUCAGUUGGUUAGAGCUUGACAACUGUCUCUCUGUAGCUCAGUUGGUUAGAGCUCGACAACUGUCUCUCUGUAGCUCAGUUGGUUAGAGCUCGACAACUGUCUCUCUGUAGCCCAGUUGGUUAGAGCUUGACAACUGUCUCUCUGUAGCUCAGUUGGUUAGAGCUUGACAACUGUCUCUCUGUAGCUCAGUUGGUUAGAGCUUGACAACUGUCUCUCUGUAGUUCAGUUGAUUAGAGCUUGACAACUGUCUCUCUGUAGUUCAGUUGGUUAGAGCUUGACAACUGUCUCUCUGUGGUUCAGUUGGUUAGAGCUUGACAACUGUCUCUCUGUAGCUCAGUUGGUUGGAGCUCGACAACUGGCCUCUGUAACUCAGUUGGUUAGAGCACUGCACCGGAAUCGCAGGGUCGCAGUUUCGAUUCCUGCCAGGGACCUAAAUCUGCAUUCUUCGGCCAGCUGUUUCUGGUUAGAUCUAGUAAAACUUUCCACUCGAUAAUUUCCAUCUCCAAGACGCUUCAACUACUUUUCUAUUACACACUUCUUGUUUUCAGUGCAUCAAAAAAAAUUUACGGUGUCCAAACAAAGUUUGGCAUAGCAGUAUAUAUUCACUGCGUGAGUUUGUUAGUUAGUUUGUUCGUAGUCAUAAACCUUGGUAUUCACUCACUAUAAAUGUCUUCGCCCUUCUGAUGCACUUGUUUUGCGCAUGCUCCCGGGCACCGCACUGUAUGUAGUAAAUCAUUUGUAAAUUAAUUAUAAAAUAACUUGUAAAUUAGUUAUGAAAAGCUCAUGUUUUGAGAUAACUAAUAAAUAUGUAUGUAUGUAUGUAGUACUAUGUUUGGUUAGCGAGUCUUCUCGGUAACCGGGAUCGUAUGGGCAGACUCUUAUGCCCGCUAUAAAUAACUUCAGCCUCAAUUAAUAUGUCUAUAGGUUAUAGCUAAUCUAAUGUUUUUCUAAUUGUCACACACGCUCAAAACGAAGCUUCCUCGUCGAUAUUAUUACUCAGCAUUUCAGAUGACGGGUUGUUAUAGUCUCCCUCGAGUCGCGCUUGGAUAAUAUCUCUUACUCGUCUGAAAUUUCAUUCUCUGCCAAACAUUUUCCGUUCAAAAGACUUGAACUUUUCCCCGCAUUGCCGUGACUUAGACAACAGACAGGCAACUUAUCACACUCAUACAAACAGUUUGUGACGAUACAAAGAAACAGGACUACGCCUGACCAGCAUAAUAAAUGCCACAUUAUGCUGAUGGUGAUAACCUCGGUGUCGAGCAUAAGUUGUUUUUCAGUCAAAUCCUUUUCAGCGUCUCCAAACCAUUUGUUCGAGCCGUAUAUGGUGUAAGCGAUUUCCCAAAACCAUGUUCCUUGCGUGAGCACGAGAACGGUUCGAGCCAUAAAGAGCUCGCGACGAAAUUUCGGCAAACACGCUUCGAGUAAAAUUACCAAAGCAGCUAAAUAUAUUACGAUGUAUAGAAGAGUAUGAAUUCGUACGUCAAACAUAUCGCGGCCGUGUAAAUGAAAUGCGAAUAGGGUGCCUUCCACACCAAAAGCUAAGGCUAGGAUGGCGUAUUCCGCUUCUCGUGAAAGCUGCGUGACUUUGUAGAGGUUAAGAAUCUCGAUUAAACCAGAGAAUGCAAAGAAGCCAUACAUUGAAGAGUGAGCGAAUCUAUUCGGUGUCAGAAAUUCGUUGUUUUUGUCAACCAGUUGGAAAUGUGUAGGUGACUGGGAGAGCUCUGCGAUAAUUCCUACCAAAGCGCCAAAGAGUUUUAAAAGCGGUUCAAACGGAAUGUUUCUUAAACGAUUCGAUGGAAGCCGUCUCCAUGAUCUUGUGUUUGACGGUUUUCCUCGAUUCUUUCCUUGCUCUUUUAAACUUGCCGCGUAUUCCAAAAUGGCAUGAAACAUCCACCAUGAACCAAUAACUAUAAACAAGCUUCCUGGCAAUGCAUGGCCAUUGAAAGUGCCCUGCAUUUUGUGUCCUUAAAACGGUGUUUCUCAAUGUUGUGAUGAUUUCACAGUUCAGUAGAUGUGUAUACUGCCAAAUUGAAUUGGAAUUUAUUUGACUAGCGUGCAGGAAUUCGAUUAUUUAUAAAUAACGCAGUUGAAAGAGUCAUUAUAGCACGUUAUUUGGAUAAUGAACAGCGUGGACACUUUAUUACAGUAUGAAGUAUAGGAAGAAGAAGAAGUUUUCCACUAGGCGGAAUUUGCGCGCGAAGCGGAAUUUUUCUUUGACUUGUGAUUUCUUGGGGGGGGGGGACUAAUCAGAAAAGACAAAGAAAAUUGGUCCAUAGGGGACGGAAAUAAUCCUUCCAAAAUUAGGAUCAGGGGAAUACUCUACUGGUUGUGUGGUUACUAUAUACAUCCGAAGGAGCAAAGUGUCCCUAUUAGAGAGUUGUCUGCAAGGAGAUAUUCAAUUGUAUUGUGAUUGUAUAUACCCAUCUAUAUAUUUCUGCAGGCAAUGCAACGAGAACAGGAAACACAAGCUGCUCUGGAUGAUAUUGAAAUAAAGAAUCUGGAACUGCAGGCCCAGAAAGAGGCACUUCAACAUGUAUGUUUUUAUGAUAGAAUAGAUAUAAAGUCCAAAGAAUGAGUUACUGCAUGGUAUGGAGAAUUUUGUGUCAUUUUUAAAACAAUGGAAAGACAAUGGAACAUUCGGAUCACUGGAUGAGUGUUUGGAUGGCAUGGAGAACAGUGGCAUUUUCAAACGAUGAAAAGACAAUGCAACGUUCGGAUCACUGGAUCAUGACUGGAUGACAAUAUCGUUAUGCUACAUGCUACCUUUGCUGAACCACACGAUCAUCUGGUCACGAUCUAGUGGUCGGAAUUUUUCAUUGUCCCGUUGCCUCCUUAAUUUCCCGCUUCAGGUGCGGAGUUCGUAAUAAAAUUUUGCGUUCGUAUGCUUCCACGUACAGGGCUUAGCGAAGGAAGACGUGAAGACAGCAUUUCAGUUGAAGGCAGAUUUUGAAUCACAUCAACGUCAGAAAGACUUGGAAGAUGAAUUGUUUCGUCGAACAACCGAAAUGAGAGAGGAAAUAGAUUUGAAUAAUAAUAUGGUAUGUAGAUUUAGGAGUUCAUUCUUUGAAUUCUAUAUGUCCACGUACUGCAAUUUCUCGAUCAAAUGGACCUAUUCCCUAAUGAAAGCGGUAUCAAUUUCCCGUUUGUAAUACAAAAUGACUGAAAAACGGCAAACUUCGCAGUGCUAUAUUAUCCGCAUUUUACAACAUUUCGCAACGAAACUUCGGAAUAUUACUAAUUUUGUGAUGUUCUUUCAAGCCGUGAUAAAAUUUUUGUCUAGAUCAAAAUUUUGUUCAUUAGGUAAUAGGUUCAUUCAGAUACACGGAAGUGGGGUCGCCCGGAUAGUGAUUUUUUGAACCUCACAAUCAAUAAAAAGAAACUUUAAUCUAUAUAAAUAUUGAUAUUGAAAUUUAAUCUUACCAAUCAACAGCCAUUUUUAGAAAUAGAAAGCCUGAAAAUCACUAUCCGGUGGAUAGCACUAUCCGGCCUUCGUACAACCCAGGUUUCUUAUAAAUUCGGCUAUUCUUCUCCAAUCUGGGAGAAUCUUUGCAAUUUUUUUGGCUAAAUAACUAAACUUGAUCGUUUCCAUAAUUCGAGGUAAGACAUGGUCGUUUGGGACACGCACAGCAGAGAAACCUGGAUUUGGAAACACAAACUGACCUGGAACUCCGGAAAAGACUUGACGAUAUGGAAACGGAACUACAGCAGACACAGGUAUAAGAAUCAAAGACUCGUUGGCAAACAUGUUGGUCCAGCAUCAUCCAACAUUGCUGGAUAAUCGGGCCGAUUUCAGGUUUCGCUGAAUGUUAAUAACGAAUGUUGUCAGUUGACGAUGUCGUCAGAUGACGUUGACAGCGUAUUUUUCAAAUAUCAUUUAAUUAAAUCUGAAUCGGCCCGAUUAAUCGUUGUGUGUAAAUGGACCUUAAAAAUGGUAUGAUACACGGGCAAAUUUCGCCUAGCGUUGGGCUGUAUGUCGGGGCCGUUGAAGUCAUCUGAGGUAAAGAUAGAAAAGUUCACGAAUUUCAUGGCUGAUUGAUUGGUGACCACGCCCUUUUGUCGGGCAAGAAGAACUCACCCCUCCCCCUCCCCCCCUAAUGCGUACAGUCAAGUUGCAACCCUGGGUGGAUGCAACAAUGUUGGACCAUGUUGACCUUUUCAAACGGACACUACCCCAGCACACCAUGCAACAAUGUUGAAAAAUAUGGGUCAACUGCUUAUUUCUCAAAUCUAUUUUUAUUCCACAAAAUGUAUCCAAAUUGAAAGUCUUUGCUUUAAAACAUUUGCGAAGGGAACAUAUUUGGAUGGUGUACGUCAUGGGAGAACCAACAUUAAAUGAUAUCAUCUUUGACCAAAAAUUGGGCGAGAAUUUUAAACUUUAGUAAGCCUGCAGACUUAUUUUAAAAGUAAAUAAUCACGUGUGGUCCUUUUCAGUUGACUAAACGUAUACUUGAGAACAAAAGUCAAGAAGAGGAAAUUGCAAAACUGAUCGAAGACAGCAAAAGUAAAGAGGUUAGUGAACUCUAGUCUGGGAAACACGCCGAUAUCAGAAGUGAGAGCAACUCUAAUCCAACAGAAUUACCUCUAAGGACGAAGACAUUUAUUUUUUAAACGAAAUAUACUCGGAAUAAUAGUGGCCUCGAAAGAACUAUUUAAGGAGCUUUCGUAAUUUAUGUGGUGGGGGCUAUGGAUUUUGCGUUUUGAAAGAUUAUUUUUAAUAACCCCCGCCCCUCUUUAUACCUGGAACCAGUUGUUCAAAGGUGGGUUAGCACUAUAACCCUGGGUUAACUUUAACCCGCUGUUUUAGUUUGUAUAUUUCUGCACGUCUGUUUAUUUCAAAACUUCAGAGAAGAAAACUCCUAUCGAUCCAGACAAGAUCUCUGAAGAAAUAUUUCCAAAUUUAUAAACAAGUUGUCAGGAAUUUUGCUUUGAAUUUUACGUUAACCUGGGGUUAAGGUAAUCGGCUUUUGAACAUCCAGCCUCUGGCAUAUUUUUCAGUAACCCUCCCCAACCAAAUAAAAAUUUUGAAAACACACUAAUUUUCAUGAGCCUCUAAAUCCCCCAUAGCCCACCCAACCACAAAAUUACUCAUGAAUUGCAUUGUUGACUUCAGGAUGGUAUAAGUCUUAGUAUGAAAGCUGAGCUGGCCAGACAAAAAUAUCUCUCAAGAAUGGCAGAAGAACGUCGAUUAUAUCAUCUUAACACGCAGUCAGAAUACAGUACGCCAUCUAGGGAAUCAGAGGAAAUGUCUGGUAUGUAGAAAACUUUCUUGCUUCUGAGAAGAAGAAACUUUCAAUUACUUCUAGAAUUGAUGCUUUAUUCCACAGGUCCUUCACUAGAGAGGCAGAGAGCGACAUUUGAAAAGAGAGAAAUUGAAUUGAUGGCUGAUGUUAGAGAGUUACGUCGUAAGCUGGCGGAAAGACUCAUAAAACCAUCACGACUUUCAUACGAGGAUGCUGAGGCAUCGUCUUCAAUACAGAAUGCUAAUGUUGACUAACAUGUACAGUGCUUCACAGACAUGCUUGCAAAGGUAAGCCAAGUUAAUUAAUCAGCUUGUGGCUGAAUGGGGAUAUUCUAUAUAUGUAUAUAAGCAGAAUCGCACAAUGGUGUAAAUAUUUUGAUUUUUUUCUUCUAAAACUCAACAUUUUUUACAAUUCACGCGGUUAGAAUAAUUAGAACUUUUUGUCAAACGUACAAUGUAUGGGUUCAGAACAAUUGCAAAAGGAAACUAUCAGUCUUGUUUAUAUAUGUUUACAGCCAUGUAUAACGGUUGGUUCUGCCAUGCUAAUUGUUGAAAAUGUUUUGUAUGUAAGCUAAGUGUUUUCAAGUAUAAGCUUAUGUUGAAAUCAAAGUGUCUUGGUUUUAAACUUAUGAAUAAAUUGUGAUAACUUCAUGUCCACUUCCUUUCACUAAAAGAACUCUCUUUAAACCUUCUGUCAUAACUUCAACAAAUUCCAUAU